ACUCUUGCUCUCAUUCAGCUUCUUAUAACUAUUUUACAGAUAGAUAAGGUCUCUCUAAUAGCUUUCUUUGAUCUGAAUCGAAUUGAAGAUCGAUAUGGGUUUGAGUUCGAAGCAGGUUUCUAGUAGUGGGGUUGAUUGGAACCAGGCGUUGCUUCAAGAUCAGAAGUUGGAACUUCCAAAGCCUCCAUUGAUGAGCAAACUGCAACAGCAACAGCAGCAGCAGCAGCAGCAGAUGCAACAGCAGCGACAGCAAUCUCAGCAAUCAUCGGAGCCUUUGAAGUGUCCGAGGUGUGAUUCGACCAACACCAAGUUCUGUUACUACAACAACUACAACAAGUCCCAGCCUCGCCAUUUCUGCAGAGCCUGCAAGAGGCACUGGACUAAAGGUGGCACCCUGCGCAAUGUCCCCGUUGGCGGUGGCCGGAAAAACAAACGGGUCAAGAAAUCAUCCACCCGCAUCUCUUCCUCCGCCGCCGCCUCCUCAACCUCCGGCAGUGGUGGGUUGAGUACCCGCAUGACAAUUCAGAGUUCUCUGCAAAGGCCGAGUAAUAAUCUUCCUCUUCCUUCAUCCUCUGCCUCUCUCUUUCAGUCUCUGAUUCGUCCUCCUCCGUCACAACCGUCCCUGCUGCUUCCUCAUCAGAAUCUGAUGAACCCCAGAGACUCAUCACCACAAAGUAAAGAUUUUGGAAUUGGGAAUUGUACCAGCAGCUUCUUGACUUCGAGUCUGCCUCUUCUUCCUCAUCAAAACCAGAGCUUUAUCUUCCCUUUCUCAAGCCCGAGCUCUUUUGAGACAAACCCAUGUUCUGUUUCAACCUCUCUGAGACCCUCAAGCGUUUACAAUAAUAAUAACAACUACGGCCAAGAGUUGAAGACAAUGGAGCAGCCAACCCAAACACAGACACAGCCAUGGGAGAUACCUUCCACAAGCGUAGCCAAUAGGGAAACGUCAAACUACUGGACUUGGGAAGACCUCGAUUCGUUGGUCUCAACUGAUCUCAAUGUUCCCUGGGAUGAUUCUGAUUUAAAACCCUGAGGCAGAAGAAGAGCGAGGAAGAAGAAGUAACAGAUAUAUUAAUUGACACACAUAUAUGAUAUAAAUAUAUAUACGUACGAAGUAGUGUUUAUAGGUUUGUUUAUUGGGGGUGUUUUGUGUUCUUGGUUUUCAGACGGAGAGUUCUAAGAAGUUGCAGUAUUUGGAGCUGUCCUUUUUUUAAGUUUCAGCUUCAUCUUCAAGCAAAAGGGGUUUGAGAGUUCAAAUUUUAAUUCCUUAAUGUAACGACUCUGAUGAUUGCCUCUUAGUUCUAAUUAAUUAAUUCUCUCAUUCUUCAUUUACUCUAAUGUUAUAUGCAAAUGCAAGUAGCAAGCUAGCUAGCCCAGCCAUCUUCUUCAUCCGGCAUUAUUCAGCAGUACAGGAAUCUGAAUUCAGAAAUUCUGAUCUGAGUGCUUUGUGACAGUGAUGAGAAUGGAAGAAUAUUGGUUGGUCUGACCCAACACAGAUGAUGAACUGACAAAAAUGAGAGGGUAAGAUUCCAGAUGGAGAAGAAGAAUGAACAAUCAAUAUUUUUGUGGUGGUGUAAAUUUUUGGAUCCAUCAUAUUUGUAUUUAUUUACAUGGAAUAUUGUUGGAAUGCAAUACAUGGAUUUGAUUGGUGAUGAUUCAUAAUCGCCACUUGUGGAGAAU